AUGUGCAGCUCGGAAAAUGAUUCGUUAUCAUGUUCAUGUUCCGAAUCUUAUGUAAAUACGCUGGUGGUGAAGGAGAAGGUAACAGUGCUGAAGGAAUCAAUCAUCGAUGAUUUCUCUCUGUUGAUGUUCAGAAAUGCAGACGAUUUGCAGGCCUUUCAAAAGGAGCUGAACGCCUUGAAAGCGAAAGAGGAGGCAGAGCAAAAGCGUAGGAGGUAUGAAGAAAAUCUCCGACUGGGACUGAUCAAAAAAAAAGGCCGAAAAAGCAAAGCACAACUGGAGCAGGAACGAAAGCUGGAGAGGAGGCGGUUGCGGCGUGAAAAGAAGGAGCAGCGGCGUAGGGAGCGUAAAGAGCGUAGGGAACGUGAGGUACGCGAGGGUACAAGUGUUGAUAGCGAAGAACGAAGGUUGCGGAAAGAACGGAAGCGUGAGCGAAAAGAACGACGUGAACGUGAAAUGCGUGAGCGUGAGCUGGCUGGUGAAACACAUCCGGAAAAGAAGGAAAGGAAGAGAAAAGUGAAGGAUUCAAAUUCACCGAAAAAACCCCGUCAACCGGUAACGCAUAUAACUCUUUUUGAGCCUGCAACUAUUGCACUCUCCACUACCAAAUAUAUAUUUGAUCUUUUUUAUCCCUGUUUGCAGCUACAGGCCCAGAAUCAGUGA